AAGUUUAUCCGAUUCCGCCUGAUCACAGUAUACGCCGGUUUUAGCCGCUCCCUUCUUCAACCUGCGCUCACGUGAGAGCACGAGUCCCCUAAUGCCAUUCUCUUCGAUAAUACCGUUAUUCCCAUAUCAAUGUUCUACUUAUGUCCAGGUAUCGGAAGCACUUGCUCUCCAAGAUUGCGGAAUCGAAAUCUUGGAAUAGGGGAAACUGGACGAAGGAGCUCGUUUUUUUUUUUGUGACGGAUGAUUUUCGAACUCUUGCCAUGACGGCGGGUGCCUGCGUGAAUCGUUCUCCGCGCACACAGGUAGCCUUCCCUGAAGCUUGUGUUACUACUGGACUCCGCGCGAAAUAGGACCGAUGGUUUUGCGUUGUUUGACAAAGGACGGACAAACAUCUCGAUUUAGGAUUUUAGAUAUGAUAAAGAUAUAAAGUUCGGAACAGGCUAGAAAUGGUGCGCCGUUGAUUUUUGUGGCUACACUGCUGCGAGCGCAUCCGAGGAAGCCUUCGCCAUCCGGGUCCCGGAAUUGAUGGCGGCUGAAAAUAAUGAACACUUUGGGUUCAGAGAUCUCGCUGAUGUGGGUGGGUCAGAUGUUAGCCAAUAGAGAUGCGUAAGUUGAAGCCGGUCGUUGCGCUGAAGGCGCUACAGUAAUCCUGCGCAGCAUCGUCGCUCAGCGCUCCACUGUUUCAGCUGUCUUUUUCUCUUCUACAUUUCCCCUCCAUAAGUUAUUCUGUAUGUACUGCUAUUUUCUAGGCAUACUUUUCCGUUAUCACAUAAUCUACCAUAAUUAAAUCCCAUCCUUUCCAAAGCAGCUCUUCUCAAAGAAGACAUCAAGAGCGUCAACAUGUCUUUCCCACCGAAUGCGAAGCUAGAUACACUGGAAAUGGAGAGAAAGCUCCUUCGUCAACACCUUGGCCUUGGACCAACCCCCGGAGAUCCUCCGGCCAAUUCUCCUCCCCCGACGCAGCCGUUAUUCUUCAUAGAAAUGGCACCGGACUCUAGAGGGGGAGCGAAGUGUAAACUUCCCACUUGCGAUGAGAUUAUCAUGCCUGGCGAACUACGUCUCGCUAUGAGCCCUGCAAUGAGUUACGGUGGUUGGUCCAGGUUAUCAGCCAAUCGAAUCCAACCCUUGACCCGACAAACGUGGAAACUGCGAGAGCUAAACGCGGGUAGUGUGCUAGACGGAAACUAUCUGGUACCUGGCGGGGUUGAACGGUUGGUCCUCGAAUGGAAAGUAACCCAUGGGAAAUGGAUUGAUAAACGAGAUGGGGUCUGUGAUGAAUCCGAAGAAGAGAAACGUGUUCACGCAGACUUCCUAGCUCUGCUUCGCAAUGCAGGCUCCUCGAAGUAUAAGCAGCUGGUGAAGCCAGCCGGAUUGCCUCUCGAUGAGUACAACAAUCUUCUUGUUACUCUUGCCCCAUAUGAGAGUGAUGGACCUGAUGACACGGAAGAGUGGAAUCUAUUUGACACGUACCUGGAUUCGACUGUAAAAGCCUUCAAUAAUCCUCAUGCACUGAGUACAAUGUUGCAGCGCUGGCAUGAUGAUGUGACACUAAUUAGCAAAGAAGCGGAUGAACUAGAUGAGCAAAGCAGAACAGCAAAGGCGGGACUCGGUGCAAAGGCCAUUAGAGCGCUCAAACGUUUGUCUGUUAUACCGAUACCUCAACCUAGCUACUUGACUUCCUUUAGAGUGUAGGUAGGAUAUUGUUCCUUAGACCACGUACAAGUUCAUUUUGUAUAGUCACCGGAUAUAUAUGUCGGUAUUCCCAGGCCCACUAAUUGAUCUUUUAAUGUUGAGCGGAGCCGAACGUUGUCGGGAC